UCACGAUUUCAAUUUUCUGGGAAAUCAAAAAAAAGCCAAAACACAUUUCGUAUUUUUCAACUCUGAUCCACCCGGUUUUCAAAAUUCUUUUUCUCUUUUUCUCUUUUUGUCAUCAUCAUCAUCAUCAUCAAGUCCUUUUCAAGCCUUCUUUCCCUUAACUGAUCACGAUGCAGUUAUCCAAAGUGACAAGACAAAGUUCGCCGAUUUCUGACGGUAUUUCGGUAGUCAUGUUUAAUGCGGAAAACCGUGGCCAUCAUGAUGUGAAGGAAUUCCUGCAACGAUGCCAUUUGCUUCAAUACCUGUCAUCAUUCUUGGCCGAAGGGUUUGACAGUCUUCGAGCUCUGCAUGAAAUUACCGAAGAAGACAUGAUCAUAAUGAAAGUCAAACGUGGACAUCGAAGGUUGAUCCAGCGUGAAAUUGCCACAGCCAAAGGUGUGCCUGAUAAUCGACAUUUGACUUUGGUGUUACCGUCUCCAAAUGAGGAUCUUAUGCAACUGUCGACCGAUCCGGUUACAGGUGGUUGUACAACGUCAGGUGCCAAUAGUACAAGUGGAUAUGAAUCGCUGUCCGCGAGCUCGUCCCCUUUUAGAACGCCUCGAUCUUCCGAAAGCCGCAUGUCGCUCUGCUACAGUUUGCCCGAUGGCGAUCAUUACAGCAGUGAAGGCUCCUCGUCCAAUGACGAAGGGUCACUCGAUACUCAGAGUUCUACUUCCAGUCGACGCAGAUAUCGCCGUCAUCCCAAACCCGAUAAGAAUGCUCCCGUCAAACCUCCCUCCGCUUAUAUCAUGAUGUCCAACGACGUCCGUGCUCAACUCAAGAACGAAAAUCUCACCUUUUCCGAGCUUGCCAAAAUUCUAGGAAAUAGCUGGAAAACCCUUAGUCCAGAGAAACGACAACGGUACGAACGAACCGCCAUGCGUGCCAAAGAUGAAUAUCUUGCAGCUCUAGCACAUUACCGAAAAACCCCAGAAUACAAACAAUACCAAGAAUAUUUAAGACAGUUCAAGCAAAAGCAAAAUUCACGAUCAAAGAAACAAAAAGAACGAUCAGUGAGCGGACUCCGAUCGCCAUACGAUACGACAUCAGUGGAUUACGCUUCCUAUGUAUCUUCCGAAUUAGGACACUCGACCUUUCCCGCAACAACUAAGAGAUUUCCAGAAUCAUCGGAGACUCGUCAAUACCGAAGAACUUCUGAACCCUCUUCAUUCACUGAUAACCCCACACUGUUAAGCAGCAAUCCAGAAAUGUGUGGCGCAAUACCCGUCUCCUUCGACUCUGAUACCGCAACGUCAUAAACUCUCUCUGUCGGUACAUUUGCUACUAUUCUAUUACCUUUCCAUACAUCAGCCAUUUCUGUCUAAACAAACCCCCCCAAAAAAGAGGCAACCAUGGGAAAGACUGGGGCUUUCCUUAUCAUAGUAUAUUAACCAGCACCGAUGGUUUGACGGUCACACUAGCACAGGAACGGCAAGACCACGGCAGUAGUUUUUCACCAUCAGGCAAAUAUCACACCCAUUCUUUAUGUAUCUUUUUAUAUCAUUGAAAUCCUUUAGCACAUCAUUCACUUUCAUCUUGUAAUCAUUUUUGAAUUCCACCUCUAAUCACAUGUAUGCAAUUGAAAAUAAACACUAGUUGACAAAGCACAGUUUGCAUUUCCACGAGAACAAGUUGGCACCAAGAAGUAAGAUGGAGUCCAAAUUCAUU